AUGGCUGACUCAGAUGAUGAUUAUGAUGCUCGGAAAGUGUCCUUCAUCUGUGACGAGGAGGAUGAGGAUCUCCUGAGUUCAGCUACAGAAGGCGCCGAGAGCGAUGGGGAUUACCACUAUGAUGGAGGGGAGCUGCAUGCGAUAGACAGACUGAAGAGGUUCUGGGAUCAGCGAAGAUACAGGACCUCAACGAUGAUGCUCAUCGUGAUCUUCUCCCUCGUGAAAGCCUUGGAAUACCUGAUGAGAGAAAAUUAUAAGUCUGAUCUUCGGCGAGGUGUGGGACGUGCAAGUGUCUGCAGCGUCCAAUUCUUUGCCCAGGUUCUCAGCCUGCUCGCUUCUCUGGUGAUAUCGCUCCACCAAGAAGGAAGCUGGCGCUUCAUGCGCCGCGUCCUGUGGAGCACCAGAAUACUGCACUUCGGACUGCUUGGUGCUAUGUUCAUGUUUUCAUUCUGGCUCCAGAUCAGCGCCUCCACUCGCCAUGGGCCGAAAGUUUGGUCCAACAUUGCGAGCUAUUCUGGUACUGUUCUGGCUCCCUUUCUCAGCAUGCUAUACUUCAACCGUGUCUACGGCACGAUGCAGUGGCUCUGCUUUCUCAUGAUCACGUUCGCUUUGUGUACAUUCAUCGCCCUCCGGGAGCGUUACUCCGAGUGCCCGGCAUACUCCGACAUUCGCUGUGGCUCACGGCAGGCUGUGCUUUGGAUACAAUCGAACGCGGACUUUGCUGGAGCCGGCAUUGCCUUCGCCGCGAUCAGUCUGCGGAUCUUCGCGUCAAUCCUGCUCGAGCGCUUGUUUCACACCUGGAAGGAUUAUUAUGCGGUUCUCAAAAUCAACAUGGACUUCGCGGCCUGUUGCGUCGCUAUGUUGGGUUGGCUGCUGGCAGAUCAAAUCACAGAUGAGGCCACAAAGUUUCAGCUGAACUCCUCAACGUUUUGGGGCACCUGGGCAGCAGAAGACUAUGCGCUGGUAGCAGUUCUGGCUGCUUGGUUCUGGCUGAGCGGCCUCAUGGUCAAGCAGCUGAGCACCACCGUUUGGGUCAUGUUUGGCCAACUUGCCGCGACGACAGCAAUAUUCAUCAAGGAUCCGCUCUCCGCUGAUGAGCACAACUUCGGCGUUCGUCUUGGGCCAUCCUUGAUGCUGCUGAUCAUCGCAUGGAUGGCGUCUCUUAUGAGGAGGACCGCUGAAGUAUAUGAGGACGAAAGAAAAAUGGGUGUCGUUGACGCGCGGAAAGUUGUUGUCGGACAGGAGGACUGGGCCGCUGCCGCAAGUGCGCAAACGAAUGAGAUCGACUCGAUGUCUGACAAGCUUUGGCAUGGUGUAUGCAUGUCGAGUGAUCCCCUCUCAGCAGACGAGCUCUCAUCUGGCAGCCCGUGGCUAGUUUGUGGCUACGACAAGGAGGAUGAGCUGCAUCACCUGCAUAAGGAAGAAGAGGAAGAGGAGCAAAGCUCUAGUUCAGGCAUGGACACGCAGAUGCUGGUGAUUUCCCUGGCUUAUGCAGCGACUGAUACAUUGAAAACACUCCUCAACUCCUAUGCACUUUCAAGCUCACAGAUCAACGUGAACUCCAUGUCCUUCCUGUCUUUCCUCGUAGGACUUAUCUUCGCUUCACUGAUGACCUGGCAUGCACAUGGACUGGGCUGCUCGCGGCACUCGGAUGAGGAGAGUGCCGUGGAGAAGCCUCAAAAGGGCCUCCUGCAAGCCUGGAAUUUCCGAAAAAUCUUGGAGUAUUCGGGCUCGUCGGUCUUACAAGCAGCGACCAUGUGCCUCAGCAACAUGGCCUUUGCCUUCGGUCUUUCCCCGGCAAUGUCCGCAGUGCUGGGAAAGGUCUACACCCCUGUUCUAGCUGUUGGGGAGCGGCUGAUCCUGAAGAAGCGCAGGAAGACGAUAGAAUGGUUUGCCGUUACCAUCCUUACGCUCGGCACCUUCGCAUUCCUCUAUCUCCAGAUUUAUGACUACGAGGAGGGAUUGGCGAAGGCAAUGUCCAACUCCUUCCCGCUCAUUUUGUGCAUUCUCGGUGCUUGCACGGCGGCAAUCCAGGCAUUAGUGUCACAGGGCAUCUACGAAGCCAAUCGCGAUGUGGACUUCUACAUGAACAAAGUUCGCUUUGAUGCUGGGAGUGCAGCUUUCAUUCUCCUUGCUGUGCCGCUACUAAGCCUCACGGCCAGUCGCGGCAAGGACCUUCUGUGGUUGCCACGAGCUGUAAAUGCCGACUGCGACGUGAGCCAGUGCUGGCCAAAGGUUCCAUCUCUGGCGAAGGGGGGCUCGAUACAUUGGCCUUGGUCAAUGGAGGAGAGCAUGAUGACCUGCACGCCGGAGGCUUGCACAGGCAGCUGCGCCUGUCACAGCGGCCUCUUUGCCGGAUGGGGCCUGCAGCCGGAGUUGUACUUGUUCUUGGGAGUGACUGUUCUGUACGGAAUUCUGGUAGGCAUCAUCUAUGACAAGUAUGGAUCGCUCCAUCGCGCCAAGUGUGACGCGUUUGGAUUGCUGCUGGUCUACUGGGUUGGCAACCCUUUGCUUAACUACUUGACGGAGGGCACGAGCUUCCACGUGAGUCUGCGGGACGAGUGCUUGGACAUCGUCUCCUUCAUCGUACCUCUGGCAGCUUUGUCCACGGACAUAGGGAAGAUCAUGACGUCGGAAAUGCUGCAGAAGGUGUCUGCAUUCCGCAUGGGUCUUUUUGCCGGCCUUCUAUCACGCGUGCGUGGCCGGGAGGUCGUCGUCAUGUUCAGUGAUCCGGGUGGUGCCCAGGAGGAAGAGUUCCAAGAAGUGAUAGAGCUUCUGGAUCAGCGUGCUGCUGAUAUUCGAAAGAAGGGCGCCCUUGUCCGUGUGGUGGAUGACAGAGAUAUUCCUGAGCACUGGCUGGGGAAACUGAGAAUACUCUUCAACUCCAACGUCGGCAAAGUACAGCAAAAAGCAUACAAAAGCUUGCGCGACCUUCUGAGCGACGACAGGAUCGAGUCUGCACCAACUAGGGUGGCAAUUGGCGUCAACUCUUGGAGCCGGAACUACCACAUGGUCGCACUUUGCAGGCAUGGCGUCAGUGCCAGCACAGCUGGCCUGAGCCAAAGCUCGGUGAGAAGCCUGGGAAUUCAGGAGAUCAAGGACUGCAAGGAGGCCUUCGCGAAAGCGGCCAGCAUGCAUGAAAAGCUGAUGAAAGUCACCAAGGAUCCCGUGCACCGGAAUCAUCAAACAUCCCUCGAAGCCCUGAGGGACGGCUUGAAGCCACAAGAGCCGACACCGCCGUACGUGCAGUUCAUAUCAGAGGAGAGGUGA